GUGCGAGAGCUGCCUACCAAGGAUCAGAAGUUGGAAGAGAAGUACACCAUCGCCACAAAGGAGGGUAAGGACUGGCAGCCAAUCCGCAUCCACGUCUCUGCAGAGGCUGUGGAUGCCGCAGUGGAGAAGUGCAAGGACAGGGCGGCACAGGCCAGAGAGAAAACAUUUCGCGGGGAUACAUUUAUGCCUGGUCAUGUUGAACUCGUGUAUCCGGAUGCAACUGAGCAUUGCAGUAAGGAGACCCUUAUUACAGCAGAUAUGAAGAAGAUCCUUGUGGAGAAGCUCCUCCCUGCCGCCAUCAAGCUGCACAGUGAGCGUCUCUCAGUGCAUCCUCUGCAGGAAAAUCUGGUUUUUCAUAAAACAUUGUUUGAGGAUGGUGCACCUUGCUCGUUCUUCAAACCGCCUGAAGGGCACCACAGUACAGGUGUCCCUGGGGCAGAUUUUGUGCUUUAUGUGACCACUAACAAGAAGAGCAAUGAGUCUGUGAAAAUUUGCGCUUACGGUUAUGGGCGUGGCCCGACUUCCGCUGUGAAGAACUUCCUCCCGAGUGAGAUUGGCGAGACGAGGCGUUUGGUUCGCAUGGCCGCACACGACAUUGCACAUGCACUCGGAUUUGAUACCCGACGAAUGGAAAGAAUUGGGAUGAUAUACUCCGCAACGAUUAACAACAAUUCAGAUAGGUUUGUAUAUUUUGUGAAAUCUCCCAAUACAAUUGAGGUGGUGAGGAAACACUACGCAUGCGAGAAGAGCAUAAGUGGUAUGCGUUUGGACAUGGAAUCCAACACGGUCCCAUCCUCGCACUGGAAUCGCCGUAUAGCAAAGGAUGAGCUGAUGAGUACGUACGGUGAUGAGAGCUCCGGCAUGUUUUAUACAGCGCUGACUCUUGCAACGUUCCAUGAUAUGAAGUUCUACCAAGCCAAUUUCAGCAUGGCUGAG